ACCGUCGUACAAAUAAUCACGAAGAAAAUGGCGUGACACGAUGUGCGUUCGCACAUUUAUAAUUAUGAUAAACAGAGAUUCGUGGAGAAGACGACAAAGAGAGGACACGGUACGAGAGACGCAAAAUAGACGGACUAGAAUAUCUUAGAUUGCAAAAAAGGGAGAAUCGAAAUGAUUCGACAAUCGUAGCAGAGAGCUUCUGUACGAUUAGAAUAUAUAUUUCGAGCUAAAAUAUGGAUGAAAAUAGACCAAUAGAAGGUGCGUUGAGGGGUAAUUGCAAUUUGACAAUAUCAGAUAUGUCAAAUUCAAAUGAAAAUGGACAAAUUCAAGAGUCGUCAGAUAGUACUAGAUGUACAUUGGAAAACAUGAGCCCUGGAACAGCAUUUAAUUUUAGUGUCAGAACAGCAGAACGUUCUAGAAUGUUUGCAGAUAAUAUAUCCUCCACUAUCCAAGGAAUUCGUCCUCUUAUACAACAUGCAGCGCCUAAUAUAUCAUUGUCAUCACUCUUGACCAUUCAUGGACUCCGAAAUCAAGUCCAUCCAGUUCAUCCACUAUCAAGCGACAGCUAUGUAAUCGAUCUAGAAGAACCUACAGUAAAUGAUACUCACAACGAACCUAUGCACAAUCACCACCAUCACACAACAUCGACAGUGUCAAGUAACUUGGUGAGCAACACGCCUGAGACAGCAAACGAAAUUACAGAAAGCCAUAAUAAUAAUAAUAGCAACAACAAUGCCUUGGAGAAUACUACCGCCAACAACAGGAAUGUACAAAUAGAUCCGGAAAUUCUAGCGAUGCUGAAGCAGCUUCAACAAUACAUUCCCUUUGUAUUUAUUCUUCUUAUUAAGGGUCUUUAUGAUCACAGAGCUGGAAUAUUCAUGUUCGUCGUAUUGCUGAUCACAUUCAUACACGCCAAUAAUGAUCUCAAACGCGAGAUCGCCAAACAGCAUAAUCGUAAUUGGUUGUUCUUAAUGAUGACUCUGGGUUACAUCACCGCCUGUAUCGUAUUUGUGAGUUACACGUUCGAUCUGCACGCUUUCGUUCCUUAUGCUGAACCGCUCACAAUCUGGGAUUUGCUCUGUUACGUCAUAGUGAUGGACUUUUUCCUCAAACUCAUCACUGUUAUGUGCAAAGUUCUCUUGACUUGUCUACCAGUACGAUUACUGGCAUUCCAAAACCGCGGCAAAUAUUAUCUUAUGGUGGAAGCGACGUCUCAGCUUUAUCGUUGUGUCGCGCCUGUCCAACCAUGGUUGUAUUAUUUGUUCGGGACGUAUCAAGGUUCGGAAAAAAUCAUAGGAAUUUUCUUAUCAGUGAUGUAUAGCAUGAGCAAAGGCAGCGAUUUAUUAUCACGUCUCAAAUUGUUUCGCACCGCCCUAUGGAAGCUGUUCCAAAAUGUGAGCUUAGGAGUAUCUCCGUCGAAGGAGCAGCUGAUUGCAUCUGGCGGUAUAUGCGCUAUUUGCCACGAACAAUAUACUACGCCAGUCAGGCUUCAUUGCAAGCAUAUAUUUUGCGAAACGUGUGUCUCAACGUGGCUCGACAGAGAGCGAUCGUGUCCGCUCUGUCGCGCGUCCAUCACAGAUGAUCCGAUUUAUCGGGAUGGCCAUACAACACAUUUUAUCCAAUUAUAUUGAUUCCGUCUUCAGAGAUACAAUCUCUCUUGUACAGUCUUAUUACCAAGUAAAAACGUACAAGUUUUUUUUAAUGACAAAAACAUGUUCACCCAUUAUUUGCCAUUAUUGAAUAAUUUUUAAAUUUUUAUAUCUUUAAGUUACUUAUGACUCUUAGAGUAAACUCUUUGAUAACCUUUUCGAAUUAGUAGCAAGUAACAUAAACAAUGUGAUCUUUAAAUAAACUCAAUUCCAGCGGGACAAGAUUUUCAGAUUGAACGAUUAUAUAUGUUUGUGAACAUAUGUAAAAUAUUUUGUACAUAAGUAGAUACGUUUAUAUAUAGGGAUUUACUCUCGUGUUAAUUGUGAAAAUCGCAAUAAUCAGACAAGGGUUAUAAAGGCUAGAAAAACUUUUAGAAUUUUUGUUCAUGAUACGAAAAGAAAAAUUUAAUCAUUAUGUCAAAUAAUAUGAGAUUUAUGCUUAUAUAAUUAUUCUCUUCACACAAUUAUAAUUUUUUCCUCCAAAUUUUUGUUUUAUAUACAACAAAAGUUGUCGGAUACUACAUUUUUAUAACUGUACAAUUUUUUGUCUUCCUCUCUUAAAAAUCUAUAUAUAUUAUUUAAAAAUGAUAUAUAUUAUCUUCCUUGUCUUGAUAUUACGUUAAUGUAUGAAACAUACAAUCAAUUAAUAAAGAUUGCAAUUAAAAUAAA